AUGGCACACAUCGCAUCCUCCCCCAAACCCCGGGCCAUUCCCACCACCGAUUCCCACCCCAAACCCACCAUUUCCCCCAUCGCCUCCCUCAUCUCCGGUAGCAUCGCCGGCGGCAUCGAAGCAACGCUAACCUACCCCUUCGAAUACGCCAAGACCUGUCUCCAACUCCGCUCCGCCACCUCUGCGGGCCCUUCCAGCACUAACCCCUUCCACGUGCUCCUCCACACCGCCCGCACCGAAGGGAUCCCAGCCAUCUACGCCGGCUGCUCCACGCUCGUCCUCGGCACCGCGCUGAAGGCCGGCGUGCGCUUCACGACCUUCGACAGCGUCAAGAAUAGCCUCGCCGGACCGGACGGGCGGCUCAGUCCGGCCCGCAGCAUCUUUGCCGGGAGUGUUGCGGGUGCAGUGGAGUCCGUCGUCGCCGUCACGCCGACCGAGCGCAUCAAGACGGCGCUGAUCGACGACGCCAAGGGCGCAAGGCGCUUCCGCGGGUCGGCGCCGCGCGCGGUGGCGGUGUUAGUGAGGGAGCAGGGGUUGAGGACUAUGUAUCGUGGGUUGGUUAGUACCACCGCCAAGCAGUCGGCGAACUCGGCGGUACGGAUGGGGUCGUACAACGCCAUGAAGGAGGCGUAUCGGGCCAGGUUUGGAUGUCUGCCGAAGUCGACAGCGGAGACGUUUGUGUUGGGAGCGAUUGCCGGGACGGUCACGGUGUAUGCGACGCAGCCGUUUGAUACGGUGAAGACGCGGGCGCAGAGCGCGCGGGGGGAGAGGCUGGGGCAGGCGGUGAGGGGGGUGUGGCGGGAUGGCGGGGUGAGGGGGUUUUGGAAGGGGAGUACGAUGAGGCUUGCGCGGCUGGUGUUUGCGGGGGGGAUUGUGUUUUCUGUGUAUGAGUUCGUGGCUGAUUCGAUUAAGGACGUGGUUUGA